AUGGUCGAAUUAGUUCCUCCUCCUGAUCCUCACACUCUCCUACCACCGCUCCUCGCUUGUCUGCCCACCUCCUUUGCCUCCCCCCGACCGCCGCCUGCAUUACUUCCACUGCUCUCUCCCAUACUGCGACAGCGCCUUCAUCUAAACACUUCUGGCGCUUCUCGCGAGAACUGGGCUCCUCUGCUAUGUUGGGAUGCGGGCAAAGGCGAAAUAUUAAAAGAUAAGAUCGAGUCUGCGGUUUUCGAGCCACAUCCAGCCUCUGGUGAGAUCGAAGUCGGCGACAUUCGGCAAUUAUCAUACAAAAGAUUCGAUGAGGAGACUCUACGAGCACAGAUUCCUCUGGCCGACUGGCCCUUUACCGCUCUGUACUUAUGGUGCACCGGGAGCGAGGAGGGAGACGCCUGGAAGUUGGCCGAACUCUUACCAUUUGACCCAGACCUGCAGGGAGAUCCAUCUUGGUCCGCCUCCAUCGCCGAGGCGAAUGAGAGUUCCCAGGAAAGACUGGUAAAUGAGGCUUUGCAAGAGGCGGACAGAGCUGCCAACGCCCUCCCUCAUCGAAAUCUCUCCGUUCCGCAAGCAGAUGAAGAUGACUAUUGGGCCAUGUACGAUAAGACGCCAGGCAGGACGCCUGCUCGAAAUGCUUCGGCCGAACCACAUCAUAAUGGCACCUCGGAGGACCACUAUUAUGCCCGAUAUGAGAGCGUCCAGCCUGUGAUGGACAAUCACGAUCCAGACGAAGUGAUGGAGGGCACAGAAGGGUCGACUUUGAAUGGACAUGCUUUACAACAUUUACUUUCGCGACACUCCGAUCUUCACAUGGACCGAAGUCCACCACCAUAUCAAGGAUCGCUGGAUGCGCAUCCAGAGGAGAAAGAAGUUGAAGUCACCCACCCAGUACCAUCUUCGCCCUCGUCAAAAGGCUCCGACGCUGUAGCUCGACUGGAGGAACGAGCAGAAAGGUACGGAGCCUCAGAAAUCGGUAUUCGGCAGCACAUCAGCGCCAGCCUGAAAAGCAUGUAUCGGCUGGCUAAGAGUGCCGGGAUGGACCGAGAGGAAUUUGAGCGAAUUGUGCAGCGAGAAUUGGAAACGCUGAGUAUUUUAGAUAAAGAUGAUUGA